CUAGCCAGCCUGUCAGGUGAAAUGCUCUCCUUCCACUGUUUCUUUCCUUCUAAUCCUCCUGUAAAUCUCCUGUAAUCAGGCGAGAGCAUGCUGCCUCCUGACAAACUUACAGCUACAGGCUGCCUGCUGCCUGACUUUGCGUUCAUUGUCUAUGUAAAGACCUGGGAGGAGGAUGGUGUGGCGGUGGUGAUCUAUCGGACAGCCUAGGCACACUGUAAGGAGGGGGUUAGAGCACUUUAGCUGGAGCAGCACGGGUCUGUUGUUGCUGGUACUUAGCCAGACAAACCCAGAGGAACAGAGGAAGAGGGGAUGCAUAUGCUGUAUUGUCCCAGGAAGACGGAGAAAGGGAGUAAACAGAGGGAGAGAGAAGAGGACAAUACCCGCCAUUGGAUAGACAACCAUUUUAUGGGAGCAGUUGUGAUGUGGUAAUCAUCAGCAGGGUCCAGGCAGGGUCCUCUCCACAUCUCAUCCUCCCGUGGGCAGAGGAGGCCUCUUGGUCGGGUGUGAUCCCCUCCUCUCGGUGGUCCACCUGGUGGUCCAGUGAUGGCUCAUGCACAAGAUGAUCCCCAACUAGGCGCUGGCCCGUCCGAGGAUUCUGAACUCUCUGAGAAUGAGUCCGAAACGGCGAGCUUGGUGUCGGAGGACUCUGUCAUGCCAGACUAUGAGAUGGAGCGGGGUAGUGGAGGCACCACCUCUACGCUGUACGAGGCCUGUAACAGGAACGAGGCGCUGACGCUACAGAGGGUCCUGGAGAGGGGGGUUACUAAGGAAGAGGUUAUGGAGCUGGACAUCAAUGGCAUGAAUGGUCUGAUGCUUGCUGUCUCCAGAGGCUAUGUGGACAUGGUCUACGGUCUACACACGUGUCCACUGAUCGACAUUAACCAUCAGGACAACGAAGGCAACACAGCACUGAUGAUCGCUGCCCAGGCCGGCUACAUCUCCAUUCUAAACUUCAUCCUGAACUACUACCCUAAGAUAGACCUGGAGGUGAGGGACACCCGGGGCUUCACUGCCCUCAUCAAGGCAGCCAUGCAAGGCAGGGUAGACUGUGUGUCUUCCCUCCUCAUGGCCGGUGCAGAUAUCAACGUAGUGGAUGAGGUCCGGGGGAAAAGCAUCAUGGACUGGGCCCUGAAGACGGGUCGCUUCGAAGUCCUGCAGCGUCUCCGUUUUCUCCAGGCGCACCCCAUCGCCGAGCAGUUCUGCGACAGCUACGUGAUAGAGUGGCCCGAGCUGAAGGAGCUGGUUGCCAAAGCCAUGAUCCCCAAAACACUGACUCAACGUCUGAAGGACAGCCUGACCAUUAGCUUACCCAGGGACCCUCAGGACAACGGAGUGAUGGACCACCUGGUGAAGAUGACCACAUCCAUCCACAGCCCUCUAGUCUCCACUGGCUGCCGGCCCCUCUGCCCCACAAGCCCCCCCGAGCUCGGAAAGAGGCGCCUGGCCGUGCCGGAGCUGAUGGAGAAGCACAGCAGUAAGGACCUGGAGGAAAGCUCUGUGUGUCAUAGUAACGGUGUGAAAUGUUCCUUCAAGCCUGCGCCAGCGUCGUCGAGCCCCUUCUCACUCGCCAACUGCUGCUCGAACGCGGAGUGGAGGGAUAGUAUUCUCUCGAUGGCUGCCAGCGGCGUCCGGAACUUCAUUCCUUGUUCCAUGGCCCACCGGAACUCUGUAUUCCCGUCUGGUUGCAUCCCCAAGAUCACCUUCACCAAGUCUCAAGACAAAACACCCAAGAAGGCGAAGAAGGCGAAGAGACACAAGGGCCACCUGGAGCCUCCAGUCUGGAAGUACAAGGCGAAGAAGCAGGAGAAGAAAAAAGAAAUGGAAAAGUUGGAGGAAGAGAAGCAAGCGCAAGAGAAGGCACUUAAGAAAGCUAAGAAGAAGGCAGCCAAGGUGGCGGCCAAGUCAAAGGAGCCUGCCAAGGCAAGUUAAACUGCUGUCUGUAAAGUGCCACAGAGUGGGAGCACAGAACUCUGGGAAAAUAGAGCGACCUCUGUGCUGUCAUCAGACGGAAGAGGAAGCGAGACACCCCACUCGCAGUUUUGUUUACUGAUUGAAUGAAAGUCAAUGAACUGAGUAGACCAGACCCAGCUGCUAUUGCAUUGGUGUCCAUGGGAGACCCACCCCUGUUAAGUAGACAAUUUUUUUCAAUGAUAAACGGCCUGAGAGAACUAUCUUGAUUUAUCCACCAUCUUUGCUGUCAUCUGCUACUAACUCCAUUGUAUCCACUGUGAUGAUGUCAUGUAAGACGGACAAGGGGACGGCUCCCCUGUGGUGGCACCUGCCUGGGGUCAUCAUGGAGGCUCAGUUGCAGCCCUACCUUGGGGCCUCCAAUAACAUGGGUGGAAACUAGCAUCUAAGCCGGACUAAGUCUAAUGGAUUGACUGUUGUUUUUCCUCUCUGCUGGGAUAUGUGGUUGUAAAGACUGCAAUGGCCUGGACAUUCCUAGACAUUAUUAUGUGGAAUUCUCUUUUUCUGUUUUAAAUUAUUUUGUUGAUUUAUUUAUUUUUGAGAGUUCAGUUGUUAAAAAGAUCAGUAGAGUUUGUUUGGUCUUCCAUGUUCAUAACUAACCAAUCGAAACUGUGAAGGAACCAGAGCCAUAGCAAAGAAAUCUCUAGUUUCUGAUAAGCAAGGUACUUCCUGAAAAAGAAACAGGACAUUAACAUGAGUUAGACAAAUGAUUAGGGAGGAUUAUGAACAAGGUUUCAGAGUUGCCUGUUUGAUAAACAUCAUGGUCAGAUAUAGCACAACCAGACCUGGGGUCAAAUACAAUUUAAAAGCAUUUCAAAUGUUUCAGCUGUGCUUGAGAGAGCUUGCCUGUUGAUAUGGAAACAAUAUAAAAGUCCCAAAAGUGCAAACCACACCCAACUGGCACUCCAGGCAAGCUAAAUCAAAUGCUGAAUGUUUUUGUAAGAUUUUGAAUAGUAUUUGAACCCAGGUCUGACCACAACGCACGUCUGAGUUCCAAUCUGCUCUGUGCUUUGUUUUCCUAUGUACUCCAAUUAGCUGUCUUCCGAAAUAAGUAGAUUUUACACUGUUACCGGUGAGAGGACUUUUAUCAAGAGUAGGAAUAUAAUAUCAGGGAUCCCCUCAGUUUUGAUGAGGCUCAGGUAUUUAAAGAUAAACCUGAGUGGCGUAUUAUUACGCUGCACAAACCUGCUCAGUUAGAAGAAAUUGUUUGUUGAUCCAGUUCACAUGUGAUGGAGCUGAAAUUUGAAGUAUGUUAUUCAGUAGGAAUCAACUUCUGUCCUAAUAGUAUGUGAUGGUUAUUUUUAAAUAACACCAUCAUCCUCGUCAAGGAUCCAGAAAAUCGUAUAUGUAGUGACUUUUGCCAGUCAAAAACCAUUGAUGUGUCAGAUACGGCUCCUACAAUAUUAAAAGAUACAAUAGGCCUAAUGAAUAUUCUAUUACAAAACCAAACAUUAAAACGUUUAAAAACACAACAUCCAUGUGACUUAGUGAUGAUCCUUCUUCCCCCUAUAUCCGAUAGAUUUAGCAGCUUUGGCUAUAGGCUAAGCUGGGUUAGUGUGUGAGCUCAGUGAGCUUGUUAACUGGUGCUAUUAUAGUCACAGUCAGAUCAGACAAUAACCAUGUAGCCUAACCAUGGAUACAGCUGUAACCAUGGGGUGUAACCAUACAACCUAACAAUAGAUACGUCUGUAACCAUGGGGUGUAACCAUACAACAUAAUCAUAGAUAAGUCUGUAACCAUGGGGUGUAACCAUACAACAUAAUCAUAGAUACGUCUGUAACCAUGGGGUGUAACCAUACAACAUAAUCAUAGAUACGUCUGUAACCAUGGGGUGUAACCAUACAGCCUAACUAUACAGUACUUUCAGAAAGUAUUCACACCCCUUGAAUUUGUCCACAUUUUUUGUGUUACAAAGUGGGAUUCAAAUGGAUUUAAUAGUACAUUUUUUGUGUUACAAAGUGGGAUUCAAAUGGAUUUAAUAGGACAUUUUUUGUGUUACAAAGUGGGAUUCAAAUGGAUUUAAUAGUACAUUUUUUGUGUUACAAAGUGGGAUUCAAAUGGAUUUAAUAGUACAUUUUGUUGUGUUACAAAGUGGGAUUCAAAUGGAUUUAAUAGUACAUUUUGUUGUGUUACAAAGUGGGAUUCAAAUGGAUUUAAUAGUACAUUUUUUUGUCAACGAUCUACACAAAGUUUUCUCAUAUCAGCCAUUUAACUCUGUAACUGGUUUAAAAUCCCCAUUGGCCUCAUGCUGAACUCCUUGAGCGGUUUCCUUCCUCUCUGGCAACUGAGUUAGGAAGGACGCCUGUAUCUUUGUAGUGACUGGAUGUAUUGAUACACCAUCCAAAGUGUAAUUAUUAACUUUACCAUGCUCAAAGGGAUAUUCAGAGUUGGCUUUUUUUUACCCAUCUACUACAGAGCCUAAAUAUAGAUACAUCUGUAACCAUGGGGAGUAACCAUACAGCCUAAAUGUAGAUACAUCUGUAACCAUGGGGAGUAACCAUACAGCCUAAAUGUAGAUACAUCUGUAACCAUGUGGCAUAACCACACAGCCUAAAUAUAGAUACAUCUGUAACCAUGGGGCUUAACCAUACAGCCUAAAUAUAUAUAUACUGUACAUCUGUAACCAUGGGGCGUAACCAUACAGCCUAACUAUACGUCUGUAACCAUAGCGACUAACUAUAGAUAUGCCUGUAACCAUGGGGCGUAACCACACAACCUAACCAUAGGUAGCGGCAUAACCCAAAGGAUGCAAUACAUGGGAGGGGUAAUGUCCACUCGGCCAGUAAUCCUCCAAGUCAUUGUGCAGAUCUCUUUUGUACUUAAAACUUAAUGGGGCUUUUUUGUAUUUUACCCCCUUUUUUCUCCCCAAUUUCAUGAUUUCAAUCUUGUCUCAUCGCUGCAACUCCCCAAUGGGGUCGGGAGAGGGUCGAGUCAUGCGUCCUCUGAAACAUAACCCGCCAAACCGCGCUUCUUAACACCCGCCCACUUAACCCGGAAGCCAGCUACACCAAUGUGUCGGAGGAAACACCUCAAGUAAAGCCCCCCCGGCCAAACCACACUGGGCCAAUUGUGCGUCACCCUAUGGGACUCCCGGUCGGUUGUGACACAGCCUGGGAUCGAACGCAGGUCUGUAGUGACGCUUCAAGCACUGCAGUGCUCUUAGACCGCUAUCUCCAGACCAUAAAUAUCAGUCUAUAAAUAAACAAACAAGAUCCAUUUGGAAAAACAAACAGACAAAUAGGAGGAAUAAGAUUCAAACUAAAGCAAUCAUUUUUAAAUUUACAAAAGACACUCAUCAACUUUUCAUGUCAGUAGAUCAACCUACCAAGAUAGAACCAAUGAAACUUUCUCAAAGUAUCUCUACAAUAUUUGUCUCAGUUCCCCUUUGCAGUUGGGGAACUAGUCAAUAUACAGUCUACAUCAAAAUAAAAGCCCUAAGGAGGUCAGAGAGAGACCAUAGUAGCACCUUUGACUAAAGACUGAGUCUGCCUCCAAAAUGGCAACCUAUUCCCCAUGUAGUGCACUACUUCUGACCAGAGCCCUAUGGGCCCUGUUCAAUAGGGAAUAGGGUGGCAUUUGUGACUGGGAGUCCUCAGGCAGGAGAUACAUACUGUAUAUCACAGACUGUUUAUGCAUUUCCAUGAUGACUCAUGUUUUCUAUAACUUAGAAAAAUGGCUGCACGGCACAUUAUGUUACUGUACAAAAGCACAUUUAUGUUUCACAGGUAUUUUCAUUCAGGAUGUGCUCUACUUUAAAAUUUGAAAAGUGCUCAACUUCUUUUAGAAGCAGACAUUGCCUGUCUCUCUAUUCUAUUG